UCAGAUUUUUCAACCAUGGCAAAUAGACCACAAAGAAAAUGCACGAGGGUACCAAGAAAUCAACAUGAGGCUUCCACAAGCCGAGCUCGGGAACCGACACCACCACCUCCACCACCGCAAUUCGAGUCCGACACGGAUUUUCCGGAUGUCAUCUUUAUUACGGAGGAGCAACGAGCACGAUUCAUGCACCUCAAAUUGAGGGAGGUAAUCCCUACUCGCUUUAUAUGUCAAAAAUCAUUGCAUGAAAUGGGAAUUGAGCGUGAUGUAAAACGUGUUUUUGUUGGUGUUGGUAUGAGUAGCAUGUAUGGUAUGCUCCGUCUCACAUUUAGGCGGUUGACUCUAGAAUUUUUGAGUAGUUUUAAUGUUCGUAGGGAUGGUUAUCGAACCGUGUCAUCGGUUCAAUUUCGUGUCAUGAACCGAACCUACACCAUGAGCUUAUCUGAUUUUGGUAGGAUUUUUGGAUUGUCUACCACAUAUAGUAGGAAACCCAAGGAGACUCACAAUAACUGUACCAUGUGGGGAAAGCUUACGGGCAAUGAUAAUCCCGGGAGUAUGCAACAUUUGCAUGCUUCCAAGAUACAACACCCGGUACCCAUUGUCUUUUACAGGUUCCUAGGAUUUACUAUCUUUGGUAGGGAUGAGACCCAGAACAUUAGAAGUACGGAGCUAGAGAUCCUAGGUGGCUACGUUUCCGAAGGAGAGGAGAGCUACAAAAUGAACCUUGCACAUCACAUGGCCUCUCAAUUUUACUCCAUAGCCACCUCCACACAUACUACCAAGAUUACCAUUGGUGGGUUGAUCACCCACAUAGCCAUGGCCACGGCCAAUUUUACUGAGGCUAACCAGAUUCCAGUUCUGGGUAGCAACUUGCUUGAUUUGGCUUAUUUUGCUGGACUCCGUAGGCUGCAGGGGGAGCAUGGGUUAUUUAGGCCGGGAGCCAUGUACUGGAUGUUCGAGGGAAACAGGCUUUUCACCUUGCCUGACCCUCAGGGCCGCACUAGUUUCAGACCCGGUCAGGCUCAUUAUCUAUUUGUUGGAUUUGAGCGAGAGCCUCAGCCUGACCCCCAGCCUCAGCCUGACCCUCAGCCAGAGCCCCAUCAGUACCAGCCAGAGCCUCGCACCUACUUCAGGAGGGGGCGUCGAGACACGGGGAGGCCCCAGAGUGGCCCGGUAGUUCAUGAGGAUCAGGGGUCCAUUGACGAGAGGUUGAGCAGACUUGAGCUCGGGUUCCGGGAGUUCGCAGCUGAUCACCAGAGGACCAUGUUCCCAUUUUAUGAUCAGUAUGCCAGGCAGGGCUAUAUUGCCCCAGAUUACGAGCACCCUACCUGGUUUACCUAUCCCGCGGAGGGAUAUGGAGCUCCGGGUUCUAUGGGCACCUUCACACCCACCCAGUACGGAGGGUGGGGAGCGGGUCCUAGUGGGCAUGGUGGCAGAGAUGAUGGUGAUGAUGAUGGUGAUGAUGGCCAAGGCCAUCAGUGAUGCUGAUGUUGAUGAUGAGGUUCGAUACCCUUGAGCCAAUGAGGACAUUGUCUGAUUUGGUUUGGGGGGGGUUUCACACUACUUGUACAUUGUAGGUUUGAUUAUGAGAAAUUGGUCGUUUUAGACCCGUUUCAUUGUUGAUCAAGGCCACUAUAUGAGUACGAGAAGUUCGGGACCUCCAUCGUCGACUUUCGGGAGCCUGAGAUGCUUAUGGUUGAGCCCCGGGAGUUAGACUUGGUGAUACGGGCGAGAUACAUUGAAGAUUGCAAAUCGCCCUGGAAGCUGAGGGCGAAAUGCAACCAUCGGGCGGAAGUAUAAGCAUGCCAAGUUCAUCAACGCGCGCC